UGGCGAUAGUUGUGCGUACAUUCAAAUAUUGUAGUGACAACUGCAUUUUUUGAAGAUCCACUGACGGAAGAUUUGCAGAGAAUCUUUAAAGUUGAACCAUUAAAGUUCCAACAAGUUAAAUUUGGAUGUAAUAGAUAAAAACCAAAUUUAAAGCGAUUUUAUCUAGCUAACUUCACAGAGAUCUAUCGCGACAUCCAAAAAAGUACUUGUACCGCGUUUGCCUCAAAGGCGUUUGCAGAUCAGUUGCACCCUAGAAUUUGUACUUGUUAUCAAAAUCACCAUAUGCAUAUACAGCGGCCGCGACCGCAAACGUCAGAUAACAGGGGGAAGUCUGCUCCUGAAUUUGAAGAGGUUAAGGAAGAGUACUGAGAAAUGGCAACAGUUAAGGGACUAGGAAGAAAUAUUCCUUACCUAAGACAGCAGUUCGCAGCACUUUUGGGAAACACAAGUGCAAGCGUCAAAUUUAUAUGUGUUGUGGUAUUAUUUUCCUACUGCCUCUCUUUUUCGGAGGAGGCAAUAAGAAUACUUAGUGUAACACCAGGUUAUCUUCUACCACCUGCCUUCUGGAUUUGGACAGCUUUUACAUUCUGUUUCCUUGAAAUACACUUUUGGGAAGUAUGUGUUGAUAUAAUCACCGUUGGGCUAUGUGGCAAGUUAAUUGAACCCCUAUGGGGUGCCAUGGAAAUGAUGACUUUCUUUGCCAUUGUCAAUUUUGGUGUCGCCAUUCAAUCUGCACUCUUCUAUCUUUUUCUUUACAUGUGCACUAAUGAUACCGAUCUACUAUUUGACAUACAUAUUCAUGGAUUGACUGGAUAUAUCGCAGGCGUCAGUGUGGCUGUAAAACAGAUAAUGCCGGAUCACAUUCUGAUAAAAACACCGAUAGGGAAAUUUACUAACAGGAAUAUUCCCCUGUUAGUUUGGGUUGUUUCAUUAUUACUUUGGCUUCUUGGAAUACUUGAAGGCACACAUUCAACAAUGUUCCUUAGCGGGUUGUUAAUAUCAUGGAUUUAUUUACGAUUCUAUCAAAGACACAAUAAUGGUACCAGAGGUGACAUGGCUGAUAACUUCACUUUUGCAAGUUUCUUUCCAAACGUCUUGCAACCACCGAUAGCAGUUAUAGGAAAUACAGUGCACGGAUUUCUGGUACGAAUUGGAGUAUGCAAAAAAGUUGUUCGGAGGUUUGAUAUGUCUAAUGCACCUCCUGGAUUAGUAAUUAGUUUACCUGGAAUUGAUCCUCAUGACAGCGAAAGACGCAGGCAAAUAGCACUUAAAGCUCUUAGUGAAAGAUUAAGUAAGGAUCAUGCUAAACCCUGGCAAAUGGACAGAAAUAAGAAGCACUCUCCCAUACCACAAGCAGUUUCAAUACCCAUCCCUGAAUCCACGACACCCAAACCUCUGGAAUCUCCAUUAAUCCCUCAGACUAGCGUAAACAUUCACAACCAUCCAUCUACCAGUACGUGAUCACUCACGAUUGACUGAUUUCAAUAAGAAUAUUAAAAAAUUGGUCAAAGGUUUCACACAUUGAUCUCAUGUAUACAGCAUUCGGCAUACAAACCUGGAAGUCAGUAGUCAAAUUCUUCCAUUUCUGUGUACCUUGUAGGGUCUUGGAAACAAUAUACAGAGUAACCUGCAUUCCAACAAGGAAAACCAUCUUAGGGUAGCGUUGUUUUGUUUUAUAUAAAUUUGAAUUUGUUGAACUUCGGUCUGAAUAAUACGACCCAUACUAGCUGCGAAAAAGUCCCAGUAGCAAAUCAUAGGUAUAUGCACGAGAGAAUAAUUUAUACAUGCAUCACAAGAAACCGUAAUUGAUUCAAACGUUGUAAUUAAUAUAUUGAAAUCAGCCAAUUGUCCAGAGAUCGGUACGUAAGGAUUUGAAAUUAUUCACGACUCAUUCAGUUGUCUCCAACAGAAAAACUAACAUAUGAAAUGGAAUAUCCCGUACAGAAGGUACUGUAUUUCAUUUCUAAUAUCGUUUCUGUAUGUUUUUUUAUUUUAUUCUAUUUUUUUCAUUAUUUUCUAUAAUCGUCUUCCGGUCAAAGUUUGAUUGUUUCAUGUGACAUACUACCCUUACAUACUCGACCGAUAAAAUGAUUUGCAUUAGAGUUCAAAAAAACGCCAAAGUUAUUGGAAGCAAACAACCAGAUCCCAAAAUUGAAGUUCCGAUGACAGCGACCUAAUUACACAGAAGUUAUGGACUCCAAUCAGGAGAACAUAGACGAAUGCUUCUGUCGCUGUGUCAUUCAUAUGAAACAAUGAUACAUUUCGCCUAGACAAGAAAAACCUACAAUUAUAUUUAGCGCAAAAAUUGAAAUGCGACGGGAUCAAGGUACAAGAAAAUUGGACAUGCCACAUUUAGUGCGAUGUAACUGUGUGAUGGAUUGUAAUUGUUAAAAGAACUAUUUUUAUGUAUCGUAUGAUUGAGAUCUUCAAAUAUUUAAAGUAAAACUUCUGAGCCUAGCACUUACACAGCACUUAAUCAUGCUUUCCCACUAUCUUUGUUUCUGAAAUAGAGUUUAUAAUAUUUCACGUGUAGCUUGUGAGUAACGAUUAAGUGCAAGUGCAUAGUGUAGGGCUAAGAUAAGCUACGUGAAUAAAUGGACAUUCGUUAGGUAAAUGAUAAGGAACUUAGAUAAUAUUAUUAUAAUAUAUUUAAAUGUUAAAUAUAAUUCAUUUGUAAAUACAUCGCAUCCUGUCAUCCUGUACAAUAUCAAAUUUUUUUGAUAGCAAAUUUUUUUUUCAUACAAAUUGUUGAUUUCAAUAUCAUUUCAAUUUCAUUUAAGACUUCAAACUAUCAACAUUGAAGUCAUUGUGUAAGUGAAUUUGCAUUAUUGUGCAGAAGAUACUUGUCUUAUCUUAUGAAAUUUGAUUGAACCUCUACCACAUUUAAAACAGCGUCAAAACCCUUGUUGAUCAUGGGCAAUAUAAAAUUUAAAAAAAAUCUAGAAAAAAGUAUAUUACAAAAUUUAUGAUCAGCGAUCAAUCAGAAUUUCUGUUGAAACGUAAAUAUAAAAUGUCAUCUGUAACAUUUAAUACUUCUAAGCAGCAAGUGCUUCAAUUCUAUUCCUAGAUACUGACAGUGUCUUUCUUAAACUUUUUGAGACUUAGUGAGAGUUUGCAAAAGAUAAGUCUUGUCGUCUGAUUCGUACAGAACUGUCGUUUCUAUUGAAAAAAAAUUAAAACCAAGUUUUACCUAUA